GCUUCAUCUGGUUUCCUGGAGGUGAAGAGGAGAGCAGGAGCAUUCGGUUUCACUAAAACUACAAAUCCCAGCACUCCCCGCGGCAGACAGCUACGGGUCCCAGCAGGUUUCGUCAACAGGACCCCCGGGUUCUCUUAGAGACCCGGAGUUCCGCCUGAGAGGGCGCGGGGCGUGUCGCGGCCCGGAAAGAAGCGAGUUAGGCUUCGACGUCGCUGCGCAGACGCCACUCACGGGUCGGACGUGACGUCAGGAGGGUUCCGGCUUCGGCCUCCGCCGCUGCCUCCCGCACUACAGCUGCUGCCGCUGCCGUCGUCGCGUCUGGUUCUUCCUAAAAUGGCGCCGCUAGAUCUGGACAAGUAUGUGGAGAUAGCGCGGCAGUGCAAGUACCUUCCCGAGAACGACCUGAAGGUGACAUUCUGCAGACUUCGGACUCACCAGUGGUGUUUCAUUCUGUUUAAUGUCAUACUGUUUCAUGCCUUGCUCUUUGGAGCUGACUUUGUGGAAGAAUACUUUUUACGGUCUUUGCCUCAUGUCGAUAUCAAAAUUCUUGAAAUUAAGAACAAGGCAAGAAAACUGAACAUGGAAUCUGUAAAAAGCAAUCUUUCCAAGUAUUAUGUUCUGAGCCAGCCGGAGGCAUGUAAUGGGAAAACCAUCUUUCUGCUCUCUCUUAUCUUCAGUAGCCCAGAGAAUGGAACAAGACGGGAGCUCAUCAGGAAAACCUGGGGUAGUGUGACCAGUGUCCAAGGAUAUCCGAUUCUCACACUGUUUGCUCUGGGAAUGCCAGCUCUGUUAACUACCCAGGAAGAAAUAGACAUAGAGUCUCAGAAGAAUAACGAUAUCAUUGAAGGGAUCUUCUUGGACAGUUCUGAAAACCAAACCCUGAAGGUCAUCUCAAUGACUCAGUGGGCUGUGGCCUUCUGUCCUAAUGCCCUGUUCAUCCUCAAAGUUGAUGAAGAAAUGUUUGUCAAUCUACCAGGCUUGGUAGACUAUCUCCUCAGUCUAAAAGAACACUUGGAAGGUAUCUAUGUAGGAAGGGUUAUUCACCAGGAUAUACCUAACAGAGACCCCCACAGCCAAGAAUUUGUCCCUCUUAGUGAGUACCCAGAAAAAUAUUACCCAGACUACUGCAGUGGUGAGGCCUUUAUAAUGUCCCAAGAUGUGGCUCAGAUGGUGUACGUGGUAUCGAAUGAGGCAUCUAUAAUGGUACCUGCUGAUGUAUUUGUAGGGAUCUGUGCUAAGCUGGUUGGCCUUAUACCCAUCCACAGCUCAAGGUUUUCUGGGGAAAGACACAUUGUGUAUAACAGAUGUUGCUACAAGUUCAUCUUUACAUCUUCAGAAGCUACGGAUGCUGAAACAUCCCUGGCAUGGAGAGAAAUGAAUGAUGGGAAAAAGUGUUCACUGUUUGAGACUUACUAUGGGCUCAUUUCCUGUAAACUUCUGACAUACCUCAACAGCUUUAGACGUUUUCGUGUGGGGACUGUGCAAGGCAGUGCUGUGCACUUUGGUGAAUAGUAGUCACUUGCUUUCCUUUUAAGUCUUUUGUUUUUAAAUUGCUGUUGGCCCAUUAUAGAAAGCAACUCUAUGUCCCCAAGUCAUGUAGCAAUCUGAAUCUUUAUUCAUACCUAGCAAAACCACAAAAUGUUCUUAGUGCUCUGAUGUACCCAAUCUUGACACCUUGUUUUUGACGUUUUAAGACAUUUAGAUUAGUAUGGUGUGAUUCUUUUCAAAAUAAAAUCUUUCAGAAAAGAGAGAACAUUAGCCAGGUGGUGGUGGCACAUGACUUUAAUCCCAGCAUGAGGAGGCAGAGGCA